AUGAACGAGACUAAUCCAUCUAUGAAUGGCCAAAAGAAUGCUAACGAUACAAGUAAAGGAGUGAAUGGGGGCUAUAUUUCCUAGAAUGAAUUUUAUUCACCGUACAGUAUGGCAGGUUCACGCAAGCACAUCCAUUAGAAUCUUUAUCCUCAGAUCACUCAAAGAGUCCUGCAGUCUAAGAAGGUAGUAUUAUGCAGAAUCAUUAAACAUGCUCCUAUGGAGGCAAGACCUGAAUUCGAGCAAACUUUCGACUCUUAUCAAGUUAAAACAAGCGAAUUCGAUGAAAAGGUUGAGUAAAUAACUCAUAAAGUCAACAAACAUCAAAGCAAAAACAGCAAUGUGAAUGACUACUAUCAUUAAUCGCAGCCAUAGCAAUCCGCAUUCUACCCUCCAGGCUUAAAUCUACAGCAUAGUUCUAAAUCUCAAAAAGUGAAUUAUAAGGAACUGCAAAUGCCCUCUGAAAUCUCAAAUUUGCUUUAGUAAUCACCAAAAGGUUCUGCGGGGGUGAGUAGCAUCUCCAGGAAACUAGCUAAAACUACUAUUCAAUAAUCAGCUGCUAGAAAGAAGUAAUUGAAUCAUGAUUUAGCAUAUUUACCCAGAGCAAGUGAAAUAAGCAAAGGGUUUAAGGAUCCAUAAAUUUAGAAUGGAAGCACACGCACUCAUAGAUAAAGUUUUAACAGCAAGUUACAAUAGAGUAUUCCAAGAAACGAAAAACCAGAGGGUUAAAAGUUGUUUUAAAAAGGCAAAAGAUCUACAGACAUGACUUAAGUUGAAAUUCAGUAGUCUUUUGAAAUUAUGAGUCGAGAUUCUCAUAUUCAAAAAUAGAAUAUCAAAUUAGAGCCUAAAAAAAUGCUCAAUAAAUUUCAAAAGCCUAAUACCAGUAAAUUUCAAAGUACUUUGACUGACUCAAGUAUUCCUCAUCAAGUUCUCUAUUAGCAAAAUAUGAAGUAGAUGAAAACUAAUACUUCAAGUUAACCCUCCACAAGCAAUAAAUUCUACAAGUAUCCUUACACUGGCAGCUAGAAGUCUGCAUCUGAAAUAAAAGAAGAUAGAAGAGAUGACAACAAUGCUCAUAAGGAAAGUAUUGUAGGUAGUAACAUUAACAACAAUAAUAACAGUCUUAAUUAGAAUAACUUACUAAAAAAAGCCAUGACUAUCUAGGGAAAAAGUAUACAAGAUAACUAUUAUCAACGAUUAACAAAUAAAAUCAUAGAAAAUAACAAUAACGACAAAUAAUAUUUAAGUACUUACAACAACAAAACUAGUAAAGUUAAAGACUAAUUAUAUAGUAAGCUCAGUCCUAAUAGGCAUACAUCUAAAUAGAAAAAUCAAGAAAAGAUGGCAUAGAGUAAGAUGAAAACACUAAAGAUUGGGUCAAAGAUGUACUCACAGUAAGAAGCUAAUCAAUAUAAUAGAUCAACUCAGGUGUUUGUAGUAUAAGAUGAGUCCUAGUUUAAAUUUCCUAGAAAUAAUGUAGACUAUGACUAAAGCGAUUCACUACUAAUGACACCUAAAAAUGGAAAUAACUAUGUCAAUGAUAACUUUACCAGCAAUCAUAACAGCAAUACUCUUUAGCAGGACCACAACCUAGAGACAAUUAGCUAGCAUCUGACUGAGUCAGUAUAGGCUAAUGAUAACAUUCCAAUAAAGUCUUUAAUAAUAGAGCACCAAGAGUAUGAUUUGCCUAAUCGCAUAAUACUGCUACUUUUGAUGUUCAAUGUCGACGAAUAUCCCAAGUAUUUGAGACUGAGUGCCUCCUGGUUCUGCAAGGUCAAUGACUCAUUAGAUGAAUAUGCUAACAUAAUAGAGAAUAAAUUCAUAUAGCAGUAUGAAAUGUAUCUGAAUUUCCUCAGAUCAUAUAAUAAUGCUACUCCAAUUAGAUUCUGCAAUUAAAGGGGUGUCAGGCUAGAUAGGAUAUUUCAAUGUGAGGUUAUGCCAAGAACUGAUAUGAUUAAUAAGACUUUCCGCAUUGCAUAUAAAUAGGAAUACACCCCAACAAUAAAAGAAAGAUAAGUAAGCAAAGACAAAACAAGGUACGGCACAGAAUACAGGUUUGAUGUGCUUAAGAAGGGGUAAUAGAGAGUGACUUGGAUUUAUAUGAGUGAUGAUAUGCCUCCAUGUGGUUAGAAUGAAAUUCAAGUUCAAUCAGGAGAUAUUAUAGAGUUUGCAGUUUGCCUUUAUAAUAUGAAUGGCAUUGUAGAUAUCAAUACGCUAGAAUGGAUGAAACCAGAAUUCCUGCCAAUUUCACCUUUAGAGAAAGAUUCACUUACUUAUAAUAGAGAUAAUAAGUUACUCUCUCAUAAAAAUGAUAGAAAGGUAAAGGUGCAUUGCAAUAUCAAUCGUAUCUGUGAGAUUGAGGAUGCUGUACCUGAGUGGAUCAAGCUUGGGCCUUAGAUAAGAGAUCAGCCUAGAAUGCCUAUUGAUACUUCAAAGUAUGAAGGUAGAUUUAAAGUGCUGUCGGUCUAGUUUAACGAACUGGAUUAGCACUUCAAUAAAUUGGUGCUUUAAACUCUCAGAAAAGGAACUGUUGAAAAUGAAAUAUUCGGUGGAAGUCUAGUAAUCUAAGUAAAAGAUGAGAAUUAACCAAUAAGAAAUGAAAUAAAAAAGAGAGGUGUUAUUUUUGACAGAAAUAAAGACAAAGAGCGCAUUCAAGUAAGAGUAGGAGACAUAGUGGUUGUCUAUAACAGUGUUAAAGUACCUGAACAUUUUUAACAAGAGAUCUCACUGCCUUUAAGUUAAUAUACGAGCAGAUAAUCACACGGCUAGUCUCAGAGCAGCAUGAAAAGUAAUGGUCUAGCUUCAGCAAUUAAAGGGAAUAAAAAUUGA